AUGGUAAAGAUUGCUAUAGCCGGAGGCAACGGUCAGGUUGCUCAGGAGGUCAUUGAUGUACUCCUUGCAGCAAACAAGCACGAGAUUAUGAUCUUGUCCCGAAGUGUGGGUGCUCCCAAAGAAGGUAUCGUAGCAAAGACCAAGCACCACAUCGUAAACUACGAUAGCGUGGACGACUUAGUCAGCGCUCUACGUGGGGUGCACACGGUGCUGUCUUUCAUCCAGAUCCUCUUGGACGUUGAUCAGAAGUCCCAGAAGAACCUCAUCGACGCAGCCAUAUUGGCUGGAGUGAGACGUUUCGCACCGAGCGAGUACGGAAGUGCCGGCACGAUGCAUAUGCCAUGGUGGGAGGGAAAACAGAAGAUCCGAGAAUACCUGAGAAAGGUCAACGAAUCUGGAAAGGCCCUUGAAUACUGUCUAUUCCAGCCAGGACUUUUCUUGAACUACUUGGCAUACCCAAACAAAACAAGCAAGCAUCUCAGCCCUCUCGGUACCGUGUUUGAUUUUCAGAACCAGCGUGCCAUAGUCGUUGACGGACACGAAACUGCUGUUGUUACGUUGACAACAGUGGGAGAUUUCGCUACCAUCAUGGCGAUGGCGAUUGAAUAUCAAGGCUCAUGGCCUGAGAUUGGUGGGUUUCCAGGGAACAAGGUCACAGUGGAACAGAUCAUCGAGAUCGGAGAGAAAGUUCGAGGGGGUCAAUUUGCUGUGGAGAAAGUGAAGCUAGAGGACCUCGAGAAGGGAAAUUUAGCGUCUUCUUGGGGGUUGGAAGUGCCUCACAAAGCUGUUUCUCAGGAAGAGGCUCAGCGCAUGCUGAAACAAGUCACUAUCGGCAUGUUAAUGAGCGCUGCUAAAGGCGCUUGGGAGGGAUCAAAUGAACUCGGCCAGAUGUUCCCCACUUACGUAUUUACUGGCGUCGAGGAAUUCCUUGCUGGGGUUUGGCACGACUAGGUGUAAGUAUGAAGAAGCAGCUCAAGUUGUGAAGGCCGUAGGGUACUAUCGAAACGGUAGGAUAGACGAGGUUAUAUACAUACAUCUGCCUAGUACACUUACGCACGGUCCAGGAACAGUAAUUGCAAACUCUUGUUCUAGUUGUCGCAAACUGUUGGCGAGAGCCAAUAACUGUAAUCGAUGUGUCUAAAUACUGCGUGUGGUGUUCAUAGUAGAUGUGAACCCGCAUAUGCCAAG